GAUUUGGUGACCUUGUAAGUAACCAAUCGUUUGAUGCUUGGAUAUGUAGCUUUACGAUAUAAACUUGUCAGAUUGUCACAGUCUCACGGAAGCAUAGUUUGUUACUGUUUUAUUUAUUAUGCCUAAGUAAAAUGCCAAUAACUGGGGGUAUUGCAGCACCAAAAAUUAUACCAUUAAAGUCAGAAGAUAAAGAAACAUUACAAGGUUGCAUUGAUACCCAAACAUUUAUUGAAAUUGUAUCAGGUAAUAAAAUUGUUAGUUUGAUUGUGGAUAACGAUAUGCUUCUACGUGUUUGAAAGUCAGUAAUAUCAGGGGAAACUACAUCUCUGAAUCAACCGGACUUCGUGAUUAUUCCAAAAUAAAUAAACGGUGCUUGAUAGUUAUAUUUAUAUUAAUUUGAUCAGAACUUGAGUUAUUUUACAAACUCUGGUUUAGAUUUCAGCAAAACUUGGUUGUAAAACGCUUUGAUUAAAUGCAUAAUACAGUUUACGAAAUUAAACGACAAAAAUCUUAUAAUCAACAAAGUAUAGUGACAGAACAAUGUUCGGUAAUUUAAACGCAUUUUAGUCCGCUAUUCAUAGAACUUGGUACAAACAUUUACGAAUCAAAGUUUCCAUAACUCGUAUUGGCCCACUGAAGAAGAGUUAGGAGGGUGAGAAGUGUUGAAAGUAAAAUAUCAACUGUAGAGUCGAACUUGAUAAUGAUUAACCUAUUUCAAAAUGAAUUAAUGGGAUCAUACAAUAAGGGAUAUAAAAUGACAUCAAACUCAUUUUUUAGGGAAAGAUAAUGAAUACAUUCAAGUGCACCAGGGGAACUAACUUGACGUCAUAUUACCUAAAUUUCACAAUCAUCAUCCACGAUUGCAUGCUGACACUGAUCAAAAAGUUCUCAUCGGUCGAUAUCAGUCAGUUUUUUAGUUAUUUUUCUCAUUGACUGAUGCCAUUUCUAAUAGUGAGCAUUCAAACCCAUUAUGUCAAACUACAUAGUUAACAAUUGUUGAUAUCUUGUUUAGAUGACUAGUAUAUAAUUCGUUAAAAUCCAGGUUACUUAAAAAGUAACUUCACUGAUAAAUUAACCGUUUAUUGUCUUUAAAUCUGUGGUAUAAUAAAUUAUAAAUCCUCCUCUAUUACAGCCGUAAUUGCAUUUAUUCGAUAGAUUUUAAAAUUUGGUUUGCAAGAUACUGUUGCGAAAGUUGUGUUAAAUUUUAAUUAAACACUUGAUAAAUUUUAUGAACUCAUGAUCAUUCUCGUUUAUUUCUUGACUCUUUACAUAAAAACCGUUAUUAUAGAUACACCAAACGCACGACUAUAUUUCACAACAAAUGGAAAAAAUCCUAACCCAUGGAAGAGAAAAGUUGAUGGUCGUGAAGUGACUUUUGUGUAUAAAGCUCCAUUCGCCCUUCGUCCUGGUAAAAGAGUUGUUAAAGCAAUAGCUGUUCACAGUGUAACAAAUGUGGAAAGUCAUACUGUCACACGAAAAUUUAGAGUUAUAGAUAGUGGUAAUAAAGAUAAACGGCUUCACAAUGGAGAUAAACCUACUGGCAUGGAAAGUGAUGAAGAAAAUUUAUCAAGUGAUGCUUUGGAAAUGCUUGAUAAUUAUGAUGAUGAUGAUAACGAUGGUGUAAAUGGUAAUGUUUAUAGUCCAGCUAUAAUACGAAAACAAAAUGAUGACUACACAGAUGAUGUAAUUGAAAACUUUAUGCGUAGAAAUGCAGAUCAAGGUUUUGCAGCUACAAAUCAUUCAGGUACACAAAUUAAUCUAUGGGGUCAAAUACCAGGUUUGAAUUGGGAUAUACGUACACCGAAUUCAAGUAAUAUUUCUGGUUCAUAUCCAAUGCUUAAUAAUAAUAAUACAAUACCAUAUUGGUCUACACAACCAUCAAUAAAUAUGGAAAAUUUUGUAAGUCCACAACAAUUAAGCGCAAUAGCAAAUCAUCUUACACAAUGUAUUGAUCAAACACGUCAUAUGACUGUGACAGAAGUUCGAGAACUUAUGAAACAAGUAACAGAGAAAAUUACACCAAAACAAAAUGAUUCUGUUAAUUCUAUAAAUCAAUCAUUAUCAACAAUAAGUCCAGGGAUGGGUAAUAUAAAUGAACAAAUUGAACAUAUAAAAUAUCAUUUAAUUGAAUACAUAAAACGAGAUAAGGUAUUUGCAGGACUUUUAUCACAAGCUAAAAUUGGUAAUGUAAUCUCUGCAGAUUUCGAUGAAAAUGAAGAUAGCUACUUAUUAACGAUUCAUCUUGAUAAACCAAUUAAAGCUAAAAAACCCCAUAGAGCUUCUCAAGAUUCGGGAAAAAAAUCAAAUCAAAAUAAAUCAAUGGGACCGCCUAAAACACCUACACCUAACAGACCAAGUUCCUUUAACAAAGAAAAUAUUCCCUAUUCACCAGAAAAGACAAGUCAAAAAGACGAUAAUACUGAAGAUACUAAGUCGGGUUCUGUUGAUAUAUCUACACAUGAUCAGUACCGUGAUGUGGAAGAAUACCCACUCGAACCAACUUUAAAACCAUCAGCUAAUUUUGAUGUUGAUAAAGAUUGUGAACAAUUACAUCAAGCUAUGGCUGGAAUGGGAACUAAUGAAAAAUCAUUAAUUGAAGUGAUGGGUCAUCGAUCUUCUGAACAACGAGUAACUAUAACACAAAAAUAUAAAUCAAUGUAUGGUAAAGAUUUAACCUCGAAAUUUAAGUCAGAAUUAAGUGGAAGUUUUUAUGAUUGUAUGGAAGCUUUAUGUUAUUCACCAGUUGAAUUUGAUGCACAUGAACUACGUAGAUCAAUGAAAGGAGCUGGUACGGAUGAAGAUGCUUUAAUUGAAAUUUUAUGCUCUAGAACAAAUGCACAAAUUAAGCAAAUUAAAGAGACUUAUUCUAAAAUAUUCCCUAAUCGUAAUUUAGAGAAUGAUGUAAAAAGUGAUACAUCACGUCAUUUUAAACGUGUAUGUGUUGCUCUAUUACAAGGUGAUAGAGAUGAAUCAUUAAAAGUAGAUAUGGAACUUGUUCGUAAAGAUGCAGAAAAUUUAUACAGAGCAGGUGAACAAAAAUUAGGGACAGAUGAAUCAAGGUUUGUUCAAAUAUUGGUCUCACGGUCAUUUGCUCAUUUACGUUUAUUAUUCGAAGAAUAUUCAACUAUUGGUAAAAAGAAUAUUGAAGAUACUUUAAAGUCAGAAAUGCAUGGUGAUACACUUCGAGCAUUUUUAUCUAUCGUUUCUUGUAUUAAAAAUAAACCGAAAUAUUUUGCUGAGAAAUUAGAAAAAUCAAUGAAACGAUUAGGAACUGAUAAUAGAACACUUAUACGUAUUAUUGUAUCACGUUGUGAAGUUGAUUUAGGGAUAAUUAAAAAAGAAUUCUCAAGUUUAACUGGUAAAACAUUAGAAUCUUAUAUACAUGAUGAAACAAGUGGUGAUUUACGUCUAAUACUAUUAGCUUUGGUAGGAGCAUAAAACUUGGUCGUUGUUACCACGAUGAGAUAAUCCUAUCUUUUUACAUCUAUCAAACAAAAGGCUGUGAUUAAUUUUUCCUUCAAUAUAUUCAUCAACUUAAUCUGUGAUAUAAAAAGAAACCGUAAAUCAAUAUAAAUUUCCUUUUUCGAGAAUUUUAUUUUAAUAUCACUCCAGGGAUUUUACAAAAAGCUAUUAUAUUCUUUUAACUACUUAUAUUUUAAUUAGUAGUAGUUUAUUAUCUAAACAAUUUAUUUUGUCAAAUCUUUCAAAUCAUCGCUGUCGAUAAAAUCUCAAUGUAAAAAUAAAUGUCAAUUUAUCUAUCUUUUUAUUCUCU